GGGUGCCAUGUGAGCCCAGCCUAGCUUCCCCUCCUGUUCACCCUUCUUCCUUCUCUCCUCCUGUCCCCUGGAAAGGUUUGCCCAACCUCUCCAAAGAGGGACACUUGACAUCAUGUCUUUGCUCAACCCUGUCCUGUUGCCCCCUAACGUGAAGGCAUAUCUGAGCCAAGGGGAGCGCUUCAUCAAGUGGGACGAUGAAACUUCAAUAGCCUCUCCAGUUAUCCUCCGUGUGGAUCCCAAGGGCUAUUACUUAUACUGGACGCAUCAAAAUAAGGAGAUGGAAUUCCUGGAUGUCACGAGCAUCCGUGACACUCGCUUUGGGAAGUUUGCAAAGAUACCCAAGAGCCAGAAACUCCGUGAGGUCUUCAACAUGGACUUUCCAGACAACCACUUCCUGCUAAAAACGCUCACAGUGGUGUCCGGCCCUGACAUGGUGGACCUCACCUUCCACAACUUUGUCUCUUACAAGGAGAACGUAGGCAAGGACUGGGCUGAGGACGUGCUGGCUCUCGCCAAACACCCGAUGACAGCCAAUGCUCCCCGAAGCACAUUCCUGGACAAGAUCCUGGUAAAGCUUAAGAUGCAGCUCAACCCUGAAGGGAAGAUUCCUGUGAAGAACUUUUUCCAGAUGUUUCCUGCUGAUCGCAAACGGGUGGAAGCUGCCCUCGGUGCCUGUCACCUUGCAAAAGGCAAAAAUGAUGCUAUCAAUCCAGAGGACUUCCCUGAAUCUGUGUACAAGAGCUUCCUCAUGAGCCUAUGUCCUCGGCCAGAAAUCGACGAGAUCUUCACUUCCUACCACGCUAAAGCUAAACCCUAUAUGACCAAGGAGCACCUGACCAAAUUCAUCAAUCAGAAGCAACGAGACCCUCGACUCAACUCCUUGCUGUUCCCGCCAGCCCGGCCUGAGCAGGUGCAGGUGCUCAUUGACAAGUACGAACCCAGCGGCAUCAAUGUGCAGAGGGGCCAGCUGUCGCCAGAGGGGAUGGUCUGGUUUCUUUGUGGACCAGAGAACAGCGUGCUGGCCCACGAUACACUGCUGACCCACCAAGACAUGACACAGCCACUGAAUCACUACUUCAUCAAUUCCUCACACAACACCUACCUGACAGCUGGCCAGUUCUCAGGCCUCUCCUCGGCUGAGAUGUACCGCCAGGUGCUGCUGUCGGGCUGCCGUUGUGUAGAGCUAGACUGUUGGAAGGGCAAGCCCCCCGACGAAGAGCCCAUCAUCACCCACGGCUUCACCAUGACCACAGAUAUUUUGUUCAAGGAAGCAAUCGAAGCCAUUGCCGAAAGUGCCUUUAAGACCUCCCCAUAUCCCGUCAUCCUGUCAUUUGAAAACCACGUGGACUCACCCCGCCAACAGGCUAAGAUGGCUGAGUACUGCAGGACCAUGUUUGGAGAGACCUUGCUCACAGAUCCCCUGGAAAAUUUUCCUCUGAAACCUGGCAUCCCUCUGCCCAGCCCCGAGGACCUCCGGGGUAAGAUCCUCAUUAAGAAUAAGAAGAACCAGUUUUCUGGGCCAGCAUCCCCCAGCAAGAAGCCUGGUGGGGUGGCUGAGGGCAGCCUCCCAUCUAAUGUCCCUGUCGAAGAGGACACAGGGUGGACUGCUGAGGACCGGACUGAGGUGGAAGAGGAGGAGGAAGAGGAGGAGUCAGGAAGCCUGGAUGAAGAAGAAAUUAAGAAGAUGCAGUCGGAUGAGGGCACAGCGGGCCUGGAGGUGACAGCUUAUGAGGAAAUGUCCAGCCUUGUCAAUUAUAUCCAGCCCACCAAGUUUAUCUCCUUCGAGUUCUCUGCACAGAAGAACAGAAGUUACGUUGUCUCUUCCUUCACGGAGCUCAAGGCCUACGAGCUGCUCUCCAAGGCCUCCAUGCAGUUUGUGGACUAUAAUAAACGCCAGAUGAGCCGUGUGUACCCCAAGGGCACACGCAUGGACUCUUCCAACUACAUGCCCCAGAUGUUCUGGAAUGCUGGAUGUCAGAUGGUUGCCCUCAAUUUCCAGACAAUGGACCUGCCCAUGCAGCAGAACAUGGCAGUGUUUGAGUUCAACGGGCAGAGUGGCUACCUCCUAAAGCAUGAGUUCAUGCGCAGACUGGACAAGCAGUUCAACCCCUUCUCUGUGGAUCGAAUUGAUGUGGUGGUAGCCACCACCCUUUCCAUUACGGUCAUCUCUGGGCAGUUUCUGUCAGAGCGCAGUGUGCGCACCUAUGUGGAAGUGGAACUGUUUGGUCUCCCAGGGGACCCCAAGAGGCGGUAUCGUACCAAGCUGUCACCUACUGCUAACUCCAUCAAUCCUGUCUGGAAAGAGGAGCCCUUUAUCUUUGAGAAGAUCCUGGUGCCUGAGCUGGCCUCCCUCAGGAUAGCUGUGAUGGAAGAAGGCAACAAAUUUCUUGGACACCGCAUCAUCCCCAUCAAUGCCUUACAUUCUGGAUACCACCAUCUGUGCCUUCGAAGUGAGAGCAACAUGCCCCUUACCAUGCCUGCUCUAUUUGUCUUCCUGGAGAUGAAGGACUACGUACCUGACACGUGGGCAGAUCUUACAGUGGCCCUUGCCAACCCCAUCAAGUACUUCAAUGCCCAUGAUAAGAAGUCCGUGAAGCUCAAAGAAGUGACAGGAAGUCUGCCUGAGAGGCUCUUCUCCUCUGGGACACCUGUUGCCAGUCAGUCCAAUGGGGCACCAGUCUCGGCAGGCAAUGGGUCAGCAGCACCCGGGACCAAGGCCAAGGGGGAAGAAGCUAAGAAAGAAGUGACAGAGCCACAGACCGCCAGCUUGGAAGAGCUGCGGGAACUGAAGGGCGUGGUGAAGCUGCAGCGGAGGCACGAGAAGGAGCUUCGAGAGCUGGAGCGCCGUGGAGCCCGGCGUUGGGAGGAACUGCUGCAGCGUGGCGCCGCACAGCUGGCGGAGCUCCAGACCCCGGCAGCGGGCAGCAAGCUCCGCCCGGGCAAGGGCUCCCGCAAGAAGAGGACCCUGCCCUGUGAGGAGACCGUCCUCGUCGUGGCGCCUAGCGAGCCCCCCGACGGGGCGGACCCGCGCGUGCAGGAGCUGAAGGACAGGCUGGAGCAGGAGCUGCAGCAGCAAGGCGAGGAGCAGUACCGCUCUGUCCUCAAGCGCAAGGAGCAGCACGUGACCGAGCAAAUCGCCAAGAUGAUGGAGCUGGCCAGAGAGAAACAGGCUGCCGAACUCAAGACCUUCAAGGAAACCUCGGAAACUGACACCAAAGAAAUGAAGAAAAAACUGGAGGCCAAGAGGCUGGAACGGAUCCAAGCCAUGACCAAGGUCACCACAGACAAGGUGGCCCAGGAGAGGCUCAAGAGAGAAAUUAACAAUUCCCACAUCCAGGAAGUGGUCCAGGCUGUCAAGCAGAUGACAGAGACCCUGGAGCGUCACCAGGAGAAGCUGGAAGAGAGGCAGACAGCCUGCCUGGGGCAGAUCCAGGCAAUGGAAAAGCAGUUCCAGGAGAAGGCGCUGGCAGAGUAUGAGGCCAAGAUGAAGGGCCUGGAGGCUGAAGUAAAGGAGUCGGUGCGGGCCUGCUUCAAGGUCUGCUUCUCUGCUGAAGCAGAAGACAAGCCCGAGAGGCCCUGUGAGGCCUCUGAGGAGCCAUGUUCACAGGAACCACUUGUGAGCAAGGCAGACACCCAGGAGAGCCGCCUCUGAUGCCAGCAUCUCACUCUGACAUUUAAGCAAGGAUGUCCACGCCCUUCUCUGGAACAUGGUCCCAUUUCCCAGGAGAAAGGGACCUUAAUACUCAGAUAAGGCAGGAGUAAGAGACUGUCAGGGCAAGAGUCCUCAUGGAACCUGAGUCUUUUCUAAGCUGGCUUCUUCUGUCUGUCCCACCUGUAGUGCCAUUGAAGGCAAAGGAAUAUGGACCAAGAGAGGAAACUGGGCCCUGGCCUCCCCUCUGCCUUUCCUAAUGUACAAACAGGGGCGCUCCACUUGGAGUUCUGUUCCCUUUCCUGGACUCUUGGCUUUGCUCCCUGGAACCUUCCCUCUUGUGGGCGUGGCUCCAGCAGAACCGAGUCCUCCUGUCUUGAUGCGAGUGCCUUGAUGCAGUACCUUACACAGGCUUCUAGGCUACAUCUCAGGCCUGCCUGAGUACAGGGCAUUUGCUAACCCUUAAGGCAGAGGUGCUGCCUCAAAGCUCUCUGGGAAUGACUAUUUCCAGAAUGGCAGCCAAGACCCCUGCCCUCGCCUCCUGCCUAUGGGGAUAGAUGGCUUCAUGGGAAAGCUUUCUCAGCUGCCCCUCAAUUGAUCAAGUAUUGGAGGUGUGGGGGCUAUGCCUGCUGGCAAAGGGAGACUAGCUUCUAGGGUGCUCUCUCCAACUCUGAAACCUGUUCACUCUCUUCUCUGGAUCUGGGUCUGGCACUUCCUAGCAGGCGUGCCACCAGUCUUGGGUGGGGGCUUGAGCUCAUCAUCAUUUUCUUCACUGAAUUUACACGGUUUAUUUAUUUUUCUCCUUCCUACCAAAGAACCCAAUCCCAGAAUCUCUGGCCUCUGUUCUCCAGUUAGGAAAAGACGGGGGGAGUGCAAGGCCUCUGAAGUCAGGCGAGGGAAAGAUGGGGUUGGGGGUGGUGGUGGAAGGUCUCUGAAGUGAAGUUGCUUGAAUGGAGUGUGGGGAAUGGGUCCCUUGGGGGCUACAGGAAGAGAGAAGGCCCUUCUGGGGCCCUGUCAAAUGACCCUGCCUAUGGCUUCUGUGUCUGCUGGCCCUGAUGCCAGAACCCUUAAAAGAUGUUACUCUCUCUUCUCUACACCCCCACAGAUGUACUUCUUCCUUGUCUCUCCUGACCAGGGCUGGAGCAGAAGAUCCCAGGGCUUCUUUAGGAACACUGAGAGUGACCACACACACACACACACACACACAGGAACCUGCCCCUGCUGUGGUUGAAUCCAAUAAAC